AUGGUGAAUGCUCUGCCCUCUCUCCUAUGGAAAAUCGUAGGAACACUCGGGGCAAGUUUCCUCAUCGCCUCCAUUUGGUUUUCGAAGGAUGAAGCCAUGGAGGGCUUAGCGAUGAUGGUGCGUUGGGUGAGAUGGCUUUGGGAAGGAGUGUUGAAGCUGUGGGCUGAGUUCUGGCACAUCGAUGGCCCUAUGCUGCGCACGGCGGCGAAGCAACGCUGGCUGGAAGAUGCACGGGGCGGGGAGAUUUUGAUGACUGAUGCUCGAUUUGGGCAGGCUAGUGAUCCUCGAAAGGAGGUUAGGGACCGGAAAUGGUGCCGUUGGAAAACAAAUGUCAUGUCAUUAGUUAGAAGUAAGUUUCAAAACCGGCGAUCAACUGUACACCCUGAUGGGGUAUGGGGCCGGAUUGACGACCAGAGGACAACUCCGGUGACCGGCGGUGGUGAUCGGGCUCUGGAGCUGACGUGGAGCGGUUGGCGGAGAAUCCGCAGUAUCCGAUUUGAUGGGGAUAUUGAUAAUAUUGAGAGUUUUAAUUUUGAAAUCCGGAAGAAGAUAUAUCUCAACCGAAAUCAGUUGGGGGGGUUGGGAUGA